AUGUCCCGCAAGGCCAGCGCCAAUGUGGAGUACACGCUGCGCAGCCUGAGCAACCUCAUGGGCGAGAAGCGGCGGCGGCAGCAGGAGGGCGGCGGCGGCGGCGCGGGGCCCGGCGCGGCGGGCGAGCGCAGCCUCAUCGCCGCCGCCGAGUCGUGCUCCAGCCUGGCGAGCGCGGCGUCGGGCGGCGAGCUGGAGCGCGCGGCGCGGCGCCAGUUCCAGCAGGACGAGACGCCCGCCUUCGUCUACGUGGUGUCCGUCUUCUCGGCCCUGGGGGGCUUCCUCUUCGGCUACGACACCGGCGUGGUGUCCGGGGCGCUGCUGCUCCUCAAGAGGGAGCUCAACCUGGACGCGCUCUGGCAGGAGCUGCUCGUCUCGAGCACGGUGGGCGCCGCGGCGCUCUCGGCGCUGGCGGGCGGCGCCCUCAACGGGCUCUGCGGCCGCCGGCCCUGCAUCCUGCUCGCCUCGUGCCUCUUCACGGCCGGCGCCGCGCUGCUGGCCGCGGCGCGCGACAAGGAGACGCUGCUGGGCGGCCGCGUCGUCGUGGGACUGGGCAUCGGUGUGGCAUCUAUGACAGUACCAGUGUACAUCGCCGAAGUCGCUCCGCCACACUUAAGAGGCAGAUUAGUUACCAUUAAUACGCUCUUCAUCACAGGAGGGCAGUUUUUCGCAAGUGUCAUCGAUGGACUCUUCAGCUACCUCGCAAAGGAUGGAUGGAGGUACAUGUUGGGCCUUUCGGCGUUUCCGGCAGCCCUCCAAUUUCUUGGCUUCCUGUUUCUUCCGGAAAGCCCCCGUUGGCUCAUUCAGAAAGGGCAGACUCAGAGGGCACGGAGGAUYCUCUCCCAGAUGCGUGGGAACCAGGCAAUUGAUGAGGAGUAUGACAGUAUCAAAAACAACAUUGAAGAAGAAGAAAAGGAAGUUGGAGCAGCUGGACCUGUGAUCUGCAGAAUGCUAACAUACCCUCCAACUCGAAGAGCCUUAAUUGUGGGUUGUGGUCUGCAGAUGUUUCAACAGCUGUCAGGCAUUAACACCGUCAUGUACUACAGCGCGACCAUCCUGCAGAUGUCGGGCGUUGAGGACGACAGGCUCGCCAUCUGGCUGGCCGCCCUCACCGCCUUCAUCAACUUCCUCUUCACCCUGGUGGGAGUCUGGCUCGUUGAGCGGAUGGGGCGCCGGAAGCUGACGCUGGGCAGCUUAGCAGGUACUGGUGUAGCACUCAUUAUCCUAGCUUUGGGAUUUUUGCUAUCAGCACAGGUCUCGCCAAGAGUCACACUUACUCCACCAGAUCCUUCACAUCACAACUCUACCUGCACGAAAUACAGUUACUGCAAUGGUUGCAUGUUAGAUCCAGACUGUGGUCUCUGCUACAAACUGAAUAAAUCAAGYGUUGUUGAGUCCUCCUGCAUUCCUGUUGAUAAAGACUCUACAGUGAAAGCAGCUUGGGGCAGGUGCUCAAACGAAACCGUGUUCAAAAAGGAGGAUUUAUUUUGGGCGUACAACUUCUGCCCCACUCCAUACUCAUGGACAGCUCUUAUGGGCCUUAUUUUAUACCUGGUUUUCUUUGCACCUGGGAUGGGCCCUAUGCCCUGGACCGUGAACUCGGAGAUCUACCCGCUGUGGGCGCGGAGCACCGGCAACGCCUGCUCGUCCGGCGUCAACUGGCUCUUCAACGUGCUCGUGUCGCUGACCUUCCUGCACACGGCCGAGUUCCUCACCUACUACGGAGCUUUCUUCCUCUACGCAGGAUUUGCCGGCCUGGGACUCGUCUUCAUCUACGGCUGCCUUCCGGAGACGAAAGGGAAGAAACUGGAGGAAAUUGAAUCUCUGUUUGAGAGCAGGCUCUGUACGUGUGGCACGGCAGAGUCUGAUGAAGGGAGGUACAUUGAGUACAUUCGGGUGAAGGGGAGUAAUUACCAUCUUUCUGACAACGACGCUUCUGAUGUGGAAUAAUUUUCAGCUGCUGAUGCAUUUAAUCAUUUAAAAGCCUUCUGGGGGAAGAGCAGCUCUUUGGUGACCUCACUGCCCUGCUUCUGGUCUGGUUCUCCUUUCUACUGUCUAGUUCCAAAYGCCUUUGUAUUGGGAAGCGCUCCCUCCGGGAGGCAGCUCGAGGUGCCGGUGUUUUCUUGAUAACUCAAAGCAAUGGCUUCCAGAAACGAGCAAAUUCCCUGGUGAUGUGAGCUAAGGAAGCGGGAGCUGUUGCUCCGUGCGAGGUGCCCUGUGCCCCGGGAGCAGGGAAGGCUCCCCGGGACRGUCAGUGCUUCUCCUUACCUUCCAUACUGACAAAAGCUGCAGGAAUUUUGACAGACGUUGGUGUGGGAUGAGGAGGAGAGGGCCGUGCUCCCAGCGUGGGGUGAGGGUGUCCCAAGGCAGGUCACGCAGCAGGAGCCAUCCGGGAGAGCAGCUGCCAAAAUCACCUCUGGGCAGCAGCAAAGCAGCACCCAGACCUGGCCACCCGUGCAGAGGAGCAGGGAGCCAAGUGCCAAACAGAGGCAUCACUUCGCUGGGAAUCAAUUAAUUUUGUCGCCCUUUUCUUGCAUUUGGGGGUGUGCCUGGUCCUGAACGUGAAGUGUGGUGGGCCACGAGAAACAGGGGCAGGUUUUGAGGUCCCUCCUCUUGAGCCCUUCGCUCCCGAGCGAUGACGCUGCCCUCAGCUGACGUGAGCAGSAUCCAGCAGGUGGUCCCUUCAGGUGCCCAUGGGCUUCUGGAUCUGAGGGCUUCUGGAUCUGAGCAGCAAACACUAGCCCUGCACGGGAGCCUGUAGCCCACAUUAUUCAUUGCCUUAUGGGAGCCUUGCAAAGUUGUCAAGAAAAUGCCAGGCACAGAGAUCAAGGUGGCUGCCUUCAGCAUGGCAAUGAAAAUUUUUUAUGGUGUUUGCUCACCUGCCAUGAUUACUUGCCUUGGAAAUUGAAUUUUAUGCUUCUGCAUAAAAUAUGAUGUGUUUUCUCCUUGCCUCACUGCUUUAAUUCUUCAGAGGUGUGAGUUUGAAAGCACUGGAUAUUCAAACUCUUACCUUUGAGAUAAUUUCUUUGUGAAAGAAUGUGAAAACCCCCCUCUGCCUAUAGCCCGUUCCCCAUUUUUGUGGUAAAAAUAGUUAUUUUCAUUGUUUAAAGGUGAAAAAUUAUUGGGUCCAUUCGCUUUUGUGGCUACCAUUGGUGGGCUUUUCUUGGGCUGAAAAACACUUUGAAUGUAAAAGUACUAUGAGAAGGAAACGGGACGUUCGUUACCAAAUUAUUUUUCGGGGAUAAUAUAUGGAUUUCCUUGUUGUUGCAAUGGUGAAACGUGGUGUAGCCUGGCACUGUGCUGCACGGGGCRGGUUACUUCUCUGUUUGAUUACUGAACUUCAGUGAUGGGGGUGUGUGAUUGGGGUGCGUUUGGGGUCUUUUUCACUUGAUUAAUUGAAGAAAUAUUUUUCGAAGGAGCCUUUUAAAGCCCCCCCUGCAGUUUGGCUGGAAUAGAGGGGGAAGUUGUAGGCCAGGGAGCUGCGGAUGCCGCGGGGAGCACGGAGCGCCCGGAGCGCAGCGGGAGCCGGAUCCGCAGCCCUAGAGCGACCCUCUCCUUUAAGCGCACGGCAGGUUUGUGCUCCCGAGCAGCAGCUGUGGGAAACGUCCCGGUCUCCGAAAGCAGCUCCCGCCAGAGCCGCUGCAGAGCGUCUCCGGUAGGGCCAGAUCCCCUUGGAAGCCUUCCCGAAGGGCAGCGCCUGAGCUGGGAGCAAGGGAUACCCGUGGUGUGCGAGGAUGCCGCAGGGUCCAGGGGGUCCAGGUUAUGGAGGUUGUAAAGAUCCGUCUUUGAGGGCCUCGUUGGGAAGAGCCGCAGGGUCCGGAGCAGCGCAGGGAGCCGCGUUUCGCACGCCGGGAUUUGGCACCCGGCUCCGGGCCGGAUUGGGGCAGGUCCCGGAGCGGGAGCCGCSGCCGUGGGCGCAGCCCAAGCGGGAUCUGGAGCGGGACGGGCGCAGCGGGCUCUCGCCGGGGCUGCCCUUGGGCGCUCAGGCCAGGGCAUGAAGCUGCAUUGGAGUGCAGGGUGCCAGAGGCACCGGCUCCUCGUCCUCGCUCCCUCCUUCCCACCCCAAACCGCUGGGCUUCCRUCUUCCUUUUAGGGCCGCUUUCCCAGAGACAACAUUCCAGCCCUUAGGAACACCCGGUAACACCGAGCGUCACGUGCGAGAGAAACGAGAUCAAAUCAAUACUUGAAAUGAAUCUUACUCAAUUAGGGUUUUAUUUUUAGGAUCUGGGGACAUUUCUAGUGCGUGAAGAAAAUUAAAUAAAUGUUUCUAUUUUGCAACAGAUUUUUUAUAUUUUUUUGCAUAUUUUAAGUUUUAAGAGAUUUUGCUAGAGGUCGACUUCCCAACAUUCCAGAUCAAAGGCGGAAAGUCCGAUGUAGCCGAACAAUUCCUUACGACAGGGUUUUCGUUCCUGAAGUAGCAUAAACGGGGUACUUAAGCACAACACGGUUUGGAUGGGAGCUUUCUGCGGGAGGUGUGGAGCCGGCCGGCACCCUCCGUCCGGGUCUGCUGCGCGCCGCGGCGCUCGCAGAGCUGCUUCCACAGCGGGCCAGGAGUUUUGCCUCUCCGUUACGUUCCACAGUCCCAGGUAUUUUCCUACACCCGAUGCUCUUCGCUAUCUUGGUCCAAGAGCGAGCGUGAACGGAACAAUUCCGGAUGUAUUUUUAACCUUUGUAAUUUAAUGCACUUCUAGUAGUUUGUUACCCGKUUUGAAAUUCUAAAGGGUUUUUUAUUUGAGGUAAUUUGCAGCCUGUCCCUUCCCGGUGUCGGCUGCUGACCCAAAGGCAGUUUUCGGAGGCGGGAACAGGGGCGCUUGGGAAGGCGGAGCGGAGCCGGGCCCCGGCGUCCGGCGGUGACAGCCGGACACACAUCAUGGCAGGUGUCCCCCCUCCAAAGCUUGGGAAGGGAAUGUGUUUUUCCCUGUGAAAUCCCUUUGCAGCGCCCCAGGCGCGGGUUUCAGGGGCUGGGCCAGGAAGGGGCAGAGUCGUCGCGGCCCUCGGACAGCAGCCGGAGAGGAGGRCGAGUUCCGCUCCGCACCCUGCGCCGACCACGCUGUCCGUCCGGGCACGUUUUCGGGAGCCAGGCUAUCCAAACGCCCCUGCUCGGCGCUGGGAGCACGGGAGCGGCGCGCACCAGGCCAGAAGCAGCUCAUCCCACAGCGCGUGCUUUACGGCAACAUGUGUUUUUAUUGCGGGUAACAUUUACAGCUUACAUGUAGCCGCUGCCUGCCGAGUGACGGACUUGUCCUCGGGGGGUUCCCAAGCCGCCCUUUCCCGCGCGGAACUCGGCGUGGUUUUUCUGGCUYGCCUGCAGCGCAGCUCGGCAUCGCCCGCCACGGCGUCUCCGUUGUGGCAGUGUCAAAAACGUCAGCACAGUAAAAUCUAGGUGAACGUUGUUCAACAAAUGUUGUUGUUUGUGCUGCUGGGGGUCAGACUCCUUCAAGGCAACUCUAUAUCGAUUUUGCAAGUCUGAGAACUAUCUAUUUUGUGUAUGUUUUCACAUAGAGGAGGAGUUUUUUAUGUGCCAAUGCUCAUUACUGUCGUGUUUUGUACGCGGGUGUUAAUGGUGUUCCGGAGUUCCCUGUAUGAGAACCUGCUGUAGCCGCCGUGACCUGCUCGCGUGACAAACGGCCUGUUGUUCAUCCCGCCCGUUUCUCCAAGGGGUUCCCGUGUCCCCUUCCAUACAGCCCAUCCAUGGCAGGGCGAGCUGGCCCCGAACCGGCCCUCGGCAUCUGGAGCCCGUCGGAAUCCCCCUCUCCUUACACUGCACCGAAGGGAAGUGACACCGGAAUGACGUGGUGCGUGGUUCACUCACACCCCUCAGCUUCCUUUGGAUGGAAUUUUUCAAAAUUUGGUUUGACGUUUCCGAAUAUUCAAAUAAAUCCAAGGCGAGCGCCGCCGAGUGAGGGCUGUGCGUAACGUGCGUUGCUCACAGAUGAAACACGACUUGGGGACGGGUCCCGAUAGAGGCGAUUUCUCCACUGCCUUAAACUGUCUGCAGACCUUGGAGGGGGGUGAAUGUGCAACCGCCACCGGGACUUCCCUCGUCCUGCGGGAUGSAGCCUUGGGAUGCGGGAUGGAGCCUCGGGAUGCGGGCGGAGCGGGGGCUGCGCUGCCCACACGGCAGCUUUUCCUCUGGCAUCUCUCCCUCCUGCAAGCCCCCAACCGCAUCUUCCCGGGAUAAUCCCUGCGUGGAACACCUGAAACAUGACUGGGGACCAAAUCCAUCUUCCCGGGAUAAACCCUGCGUGGAACAUCUGAAACGUGACCGGGGACCAAAUCCAUCUUCCCGGGAUAAUCCCUGCGUGGAACAUCUGAAACGUGACUGGGGACCAAAUCCAUCUUCCCGGGAUAAACCCUGCGUGGAACAUCUACAACAUGACCAGGGACCAAACUGGUAGCAGGACUUUGGAUUGGAUAGGAACAGGCGCAUGAUGCCGUGGGGCCGGCUCUGAUCCCGGAUCCAUGGGACUUUAUUCCGCACAAAGCAGGUCUGGGCAAAACCGGUUGUCAAAUUGUCCGUUCGAGUUAUUCCUUAACAACAUCAGGUUUGUGCCAUUUCCUCCCGCAGCCACUCGAGCCUGUAAUGUAUGGAAGUGUUGUACAUUUUCUGAAACAUAAGUGCUGUAACUUAGUUAAUUGACUUCUGUUCGGAUUGCUUUCCUGAAGU